AAAAAAAAAAAACCGUCGGACGACCGGAUGCAUAUCGUUAAAACGAAACGUGAUUAUUAUUAUUAAUUUUUUCUCUACGGUCAAACUCGUCAUAGGUACCUAUUAAUAUUUUCGAUUCCGUCAACUCAUCGUUUAAUCGUCAAUCUGUUCGUCGACGUCCUUGUUACAGCUCUCGUUCACAGCCGUCGGUGUCAGUACAUCAAGCGGUGGUCGUCCCGUAGUUAUUCGUCACCGACGUCUGAGAGAAUGAAGAAAAUCGCGAUUUUCGGUGCCACCGGCAUGACAGGACUGUGCACCGUCGAAGCCGCUCUGAAACAAGGUCUAGAAGUCAGGGCUCUAAUUAGGGAUCCCAGUCGUAUGCCCGAAGAACUUCGCAAGCAAGUAGAAGUGGUUACUGGCGAUGUUCUGGUCAAAGAAGACGUGGACAAGGUAGUCGAGGGCAGAGAUGCGAUUGUCGUGACUUUGGGAACCAGAAAUGACUUGGCUCCUACCACAAUAAUGUCCGAUGGGCUGAGAAACAUAUUGUCAUCGAUGGAAAAGAACAAUGUGAAAAUUGUAUCAGUGUGCUUAUCUACCUUUUUAUUCUACGAUAAGCCCAAAGUGCCAGCAAUGUUCCAUGGCAUCAACGACGAUCACGAGCGGAUGCUGCAUUUACUACAGGCGACUGAAUCUCUGAACUGGAUUGCAGUGAUGCCACCACACAUUGGCAGUACUCCGUCAGGCGAUUACAGUGUGGAAGUCGGCUCAUCGCCUGGCCGUGCCAUAUCCAAAUACGAUCUCGGAAAGUUUAUGAUUGAAUGUUUGUCUAACCCUGAUUACUAUAAACAGAAAUGUGGUUUGGCAACCAAAGUACCAGCUCCCUGAAUCAAAAAUGUUGAAGAAAAAAGGUGGUUUUAGGAAAUUAAUGUGUAACACAAUGGAAUCAAAGUCUUAGAGCCAAAUGUUAAUCUAUAAAAUUAUAGUCACUCAAUAUGUUACGGGAUAGAUGAGAAAGUAUUUAAUAUAUUUUAUAUUAAACAAA